UUAGUACUGAUAUUUCUAAUAAUGAAACACAAAACAAUAGUUUUAUUUUUUGGGAAAUAGCAAGGAUGUAUGACUUUUAUUUAUUAAGACUUCUUAUUAGACAUUCUUCAGCAACAGUAACUGAAUUUUGGGAUUCUAUAAGAGAUUUAUUAGAAGAAUCCGGUCAAAUAUAUAGAAUAUUAUCAGAAGAAUUACAAUAUGAAAUAUCUAAUACAAGUGAAGAACAAUUUUUACUUCGUUCUAAUUCAGGAGCAACUCAUUUAUUAUCAUCAGUGAUGAGACGAGAUUUAACUUCAUUAUUAGAGAAACAUAUGAAUCCAAUCAUUCAAUCAGUUAAUCAUAUCACUGAUCAAAUCAGUUUAGAUUCAAAAGAUGAUAAUUACACGAAAAGUAUUACUACUUUAUCUGAAUUAUUACAUCUUCAUUGUUCUCGUUUUCUUAGUUUAGGUAAUGAUUUUCCACAAGGAAUUAAAUAUAUUUUAGCUACUUUAAGAAAUGCUGUUUCUGAAAAAUUUCCUGAUAGUGCAAUUCGUUCAAUAGCAAUUAUUAUUUUCCAUAGAUUAAUUACUCCAGCAUUAGUUUCUCCAGCAAAUUAUAAUUCAUGUUUAAUUGAACCAACAGAAAAUGCUAAGAAAAUAUUAGUUAUUUUAACUAAAAUUUAUCAAUCUUUUAUUCCUCAAGGAGAAACUCCAUUAACUAAUCCACAAUUAAUUCCUUUUAAUACUUAUGUUGUUUCUAUGUAUGAAUCAAUGAAUAAAUUCCUUGACUCAAUUUCAAUAGAAACAGAAUUUCCUCAUUUACAUCGUGCACCUAUUUUAUCAAAAGAUGUUUUAGAUCAUUGUUAUAAAAAUAUUAGUGAUGUUAUUAAUUCAAUGACAUCAGUUGUUCUUUCUAAUCUUGUUUCAAGAGCUACUGAUGACAAUAGACUUAUUUUAUUAGAAAAUUUCUUUGCAUUAAUUUGUACUUCAUGGGAUAAAGAACCUUUAAAUAAACUAAUUAAACCAAAAACACUUCAAUUAUUUAAUGAUGAAACUGAUGAAAGUUAUCUUAAAGUUGCUGAAGGAUUUAAACAAACCAUUUUAAAGAGAAUUAAAAAGAUAGAUGAAUUAAAUGAUGAAAUAUUCUUUUUAAGAAAUCAAAUAGAAGAGUAUUGCAUUUCAAAAGGAUUAGACUUUGAGAAGUUUAUUGAAGAUUAUAAUCCUUUUAAACCUUUACCACCUCCUUGUUAUACAAGAGAAAGAUGUGGUUUAGGAUUAUUAGAAACAGAAGAAAGUAAUGAAAUAGAUUGUAGUAAAGAUGUUCGUUCAUCACUUUCUAGUAGUAUUUUGUCAAAUGAAGAGUCAGCUUCAAUUCUUUCUGAUAGAACAAUGAAAAAUGAAAUAACUGAAUCUUCUUAUCAAGGAGAAAUGUCUCAAACUGAAUAG